GAAGAAGUCUUCAAAACUCUCGGGAAUAUAUUGUCAGUGAAGUGAAGGAGCUCCCGUCGUUUUUACGCAGUUUAGACUAUUGUUAGUUUAUGUAAAUAAUCUGCGAAGUGUCUUCAAAAAGCUUCGGCAGAAUGGAGGCAUGUAUGACGAGGCCAGAAGCCAAAAAGAGACCAAAGCCGCCUAAACCUCCUCCAAAGCCUGCUGACGUGCAGAUUAAGAGGACUGAUCCAGAGAGAGCAGAGAGACCGACUCCUUUUGUUCCUCCACGACCUACAGACGCUGAGCUGACUGGGACACAAUACAGAGUGAAGAGAGCUGCAGCAACAAUCAAUGAGGCCAAUGGAAACUUAACAAAAAGAGAUGGAGAACGUAAAUCGUCUGAAACUCCUGUGCCUCCACCCAGACGCAAAGAAAAGGAAAAUGUAGUCGAAAACAGCAGAUACAGCCAGAGAAGGAGGGUGAACACUGAGGACACAGAGAGCGACAAACCAGAAACCGCUAAAGUUCCCAACAAUGAGAGUAACAACUCAGGGUUGACUGGAGUGUUUCGACGGAGCCAAAAAGACAAAACACCUUCUUUCACUAGCUAUGUAUUAGAUGAGGAGCAGGAGGAGAAACCUGGUGAGGUCCCUGCCAAACAGGCUCCUGGAAGUAAACCGGGCGGUUUGAAAGGGGUAAUGAAAGGUUUGCAGUUCAAGUCGUCACCUAAGACCAAAGGUUCAAGCCCAGCCACUGAGGAAGGAGUCUCAGAAAAGGACCAAACCACUGAAAAGAGCAAGCAAGAAAAAAACGCAGAACAAAAACAGGACAAAGGGAUGUUCUCUGGGGGGUUCUGGAAAACACCUAAAGACAGAUCAUCUCCUUCACUCACGGUCAAAAAAGAGGACACUGACUCUGACGAUGCAGAGGCAGAGGAGAAGACGUCUCAAGAGAAAGGAAGCAUCUUCUCUGGCUUCCUCAAAAAAUCCAACAAACCAGCAGAGGAGACGCCUCCACAGGAGAAUCUGAGCGCUCACAGCGAGCUCGCGGCCAGCAACGACAGUCUGUCUGAGAACAAGAAGGAAAAAGAAGGAAUAUUCAGCGGGAUGUUCAGGAAGUCUCCAAAACCUGUCGAUGCCAAGAAUGAUGAGCAGAACCAACAGUCUCCUCCUGACGAUGUGUCAGGCAGUAACGAAAAUCUGGCUGAAAAUGCUAAAGAUAAAGAAGGAUUCUUCAGUGGGAUUCUCCGAAAGUCUCCAAAGAUUCCUGUAGAGGAGACACCUGAGCAGGAUAAAGAGUUGCAGCGGACCGAGCUGGCGGCCAGCAGUGAGAGUCUGUCUGAGAACAGCGGCAACACUAAAGAGAAAAGCAACUUUUUCAGUGGAAUGUUCAAGAAAUCUCCCAAACUGCCUGAAGGGUCACGACUGGAGGGGGUCAAAAAAGAGGACAGUGACUCUGACGAUGCAGAGGCAGAGGAGAAGACGGCUCAAGCGAAAGGAAACAUCUUCUCUGGCUUCCUCAAAAAAUCCAACAAACCAGCGGAGGAGAUGCCUGCACAGGCUGCGGAGCCGCUGCACGGUGAACUCUCCUCCAGCACCGACAGCCUGUCGGAGAACAAGGAGAAAAGUGGUUUGUUCAGCGGACUCCUCAGAAAGACUCCCAAAGCAUCUGGAGAGUCUCAGGAGAAUCUGUUAUCACAGAAGGAUCUUUCAGCGAGCAACGACAGUCUGUCAGAGGCGAAGGAGAAGGGAGGUGGGUUCAGUGGAAUGUUCAAGAAGUCAUCCAGACUUGUCGAUGGUCCUCCCACAGAGAAAGAAAAACUGAUGACAGACAGCGAGCUGUCGGGAAACGGUGACGGUCUGUCCGAGAACAACACCAAGGAAAAAGGAGGAAUCUUCGGUGGAAUAUUCAAAAAGCCACCCAAACCAGCAGAAGCUUCUCAGUCCGAUGAGGAUGAGAGUCCUGAUAAGGAGCUGUCAGCCAGCAGUGAAAAUUUGUCUGAGAACAAACAGGAGAAGAAAGGAGGCUUCGCUGGAAUAUUCAAGAGGUCUGCCAGCAUCGAUAACCUGUUUGACGAGGAGAAAGGUGGACUUUUCAGUGGACUGCUCAAGAAAACACCUAAAGCAUCUGAAGAUGAUGCUGCUACAGAGGAUAAAGACGAGCAGAGGGAGCUGUCGGCAAGUAACGACAGUCUGUCUGAAAACGCUAACACCAAGGAGAAAAAUAUUUUCAGUGGGAUGUUUAAGAAAACUCCAAAAGCAACGGAGGGGACAACAGAUGAGGAGCCAAACACAAUCAAAGAAAAGAAAUUAUCUGCCAGCUGUGAAAAUCUCUCAGAACCAAAGGAGAAGACAGGAGGACUUGCAGGGAUUUUUAAAAAGUCUCCUAGACCUUCUCCACGCCAUGCUGUUUCAAAGGAUCCUCUCAAUGACUCGAGGCAACUGUCCAUCAGCUUGGACAACCUCACAAACGCUGUUGAGGGGGAUCAGUCGGCACGAGGCGGACUGUCUGCCAGCAACGACAAUCUGUCUGAGGCCACAGGAAACACAAAGGAGACAAAACAAGGAGGAUUCGCUGGGAUGUUUAGGAGAACGCCCAAAACUGUGGAAGCACAGGAAAGUGUAGACAUGGAGCCACCAGAGGGAGGUGGGCUGAAACGCAGGAGGACCAUCAAGAAAAAAAAACGAGUUGUGUCUUUCCGAAUCAAGAAAACUCUUCCGAAACUACCCAAGGUUUCACAGCCUUCAGAUAAGAUGCCUAUCCUUGAAGAGACGAUGGAGAUGCGGGAGCUGAACUCACAGGAGAGCACAGUAGAGAUGCAGCCUGUAGAGAUGGCAGCUUUCCCGACCGAGGGCAACCCUCAAGCUCAACAGGAAAGUGACGAGCUGAUGGAGUGGUGGAACACAGUCAAAGGUUGGAAAGAGUGGAAUGAGGGAUCCAAUUUCCAGGCGGAUGAUGAGGAAAUGGCGCUGGAGCAGGCAGCUGACCGUGUCUUCAUGGCGGCUCGCCUCUUUGUGCGACUUUUCAACCAGCGAGGGGCGUCCCUGCAGCAGCGCAUCCUGGAGCUUCUGGCUGUAGCAGACGCUGCGGAUUACUUCCACAAAAAAACAGUGACGGCUGCUGUGGGUGGAGGCGUGGCCAGUGUGGCGGGCAGUAUUACCACAAUCACAGGCCUCAUUCUGGCACCUUUCACCUUUGGUGCCUCCAUUAUCGUCACAGCUGUGGGGAUUGGUGUGGCGACGGCGGGUAGCAUCGCCUCAGCUACGGCUAAUAUCACAGACACGGUUCAUUCUAACAUGGACAGGAAGAAGGUGGAGAAGUUGAUCCAGGACUAUCAGGAAGAGAUCAAAGAUAUCAGAGAAUGUAUGGAGUUUGUGCAGGAAGGUAUGGAUACACUGGACGAAUGGGACUUUGAGAAAUAUUCUCAGAGUGCAGCCAAAAAGGCUAUGAAUCACAACAUCAAACAUGUGAUGAAGGAGGGUGGCCGCGCCGGCAAAGCCCUGAUGAUCAACACGGACAAACUCAUCAGCACCGUGCAGGUUCUUGGCGCUGCAGGCGGAGCAGCCAAAGCUGCUCAGGCCAUCAGUGUCACCACAGGAGUCAUGUCGGCUCUCUUCCUCGCCCUCGAUGUUUUCUUCCUCGCCAAAGACUCGCACGAGCUUCGCAAAGGUGCCAAAACCAAGUUUGCCACCAAGAUCAGAGAGGUGUGUAAAGACCUUCAGGAUGGUCUCCUGGAGCUGAACAAGGUCAAGACACAGCUGCAGAAAACCAUGGAAGGCAUCGAGGUGGAGGAGUACGAGGAAAUCCAGGAGGUGGAGGAGGAGAUUGAAGACGAUUUGGAGUCGGACCCGAAGAAGCUGGCGGAGCUGGACCAGGAGCUGGACAUCCUGGAGGAGAAACUGGACAAGAAGGUUGAGGAGGAGCAGAAGAAGAGAAAAGAGCAAGAGGAGGAACUUCUGAAAAGUAAGGAGAAAAACGAAGAGAGCAUUAAGGAAAAAGGAGAUCCAGAGAAAAAGAGAGAUAAGGAGGAGGAGGAAAAAAAUAGUGAAAAGGAUGCAAAGAAAGAGGGAAAGAAGGAAAGCAAGGUGGAAAAAGGUCAAGAAGAAAGCAAACCUGGAUCCAAAUUAGUGAAGCUAUUUGAAAAAAUAAUAGAGCCAAAAGAUGCGAAAGCUGCUAAAGAGGAGGAUUUAAAAGAACAACUGCAGAAAGGAAGCAAAAAGGACAAAGAAACUGAGAACAGAAUAACAGCUGUCAAAGAAAAACAGGAGAGCAAGGGGGACAAGGCACAACAAGACACCGGUGUGGAUGAAAAACCAAAAAAGGUGGAUGUAACAGAGAAGGAGGAGGAUGAGAGAAAGACGGGUGAUCUGAAACCAGAGCAGUGGAGUGGAAAGAGAGAAAGCCAAAGAAGCAGAGAGGGGGAACGAGGGACGAGGCACGAAUGGAAAUCAGUGAAUAAAGAGAAAGCGGAGGAAAGUGUGAGCAUGAGGAGACAUAGCAGCAGCAGGAGUGACCGAGAAAAACAGAGAGGAAGUGAACAUAAGACAAGAAAAACUGAUAAAGAGAGAGGAAGCAGCAGAGACAUGGAGAGACUCUUGAGAAAAGACAGUGACAGGUUGGAGAGCUGGAGGAGGACAGAGGACGAGCGGGGAGUGAAAGACUGGAGAGCCGACGUGACGAAGACUCGUGAAGAGAGGAGGGAACCUAAAGAUGGAAGGGAGUCCAAGAGGGAGACGGAGAAAAGGGAGUCGCAUCGAAGUCACGAAACGAGGAUGGACAGAGAGUGGAGGAGCAGCAGGGAGGAGUUUGAUUCCCAGAGGAGUCACCACCACCACAGGAAGGAGCACGAGGAGAAACGAGAGAGCAGGGUGGAGAGCGCAAGGAGGCAGUUUGAGAAGGCAGGAAGUGAGGAGGCAGAGGAGGAGGAUGAGGAUAGGAGGAAGAGGAGGGAGGAUGGAGAGAGUCGGAGGAAGGACAAAGAGCACGGACACAAUCGGCAAGGAUCUCGAUCCAGUGUUCGGAUGAUGGAGGACGGACUGUACAUUUAGAUUUCGGUAGGUGACGACGACACUACUCCUCACUUUAUUUAUUCUCACCUGCAACCAGGCUCCUAUUGGAUGAUACCAGCUGUCAAUCACGCUGGUGUCCACUCGUAUGUGCCAAACUUUAUUGUCGAAAUGGGGAAAUCAUGUAGGAAACUGACGGGUCUAUUGAUGAAAACCAGAAACUAGCAUUAGAGAGUUGAAGUUGAGAAGUAGAAGCUUGUAUUCAAAUGGAAUUCUUUUUGCAACCAGCAGAGUCCAUCCUACUUCCUAGGUUUUAUCUUCCAAACCAGAAGAUUAAAUCUUUGUUUAUAUUUAGUCUAUAAUCAGGUUGAUUUAAUAAAAUAACGCCAGUUUUCAUAAUCAAGGUAGGAGGAUAAAACUAUCUAGAUAAACAUAUAUACAUAUAUGUGUGUGUAUGUAUGUAAUAUACAAUUGACAUUGUGUACAAACAAAGCCAAAAUGAUCAGCACGUCCCUUUAAAGCCUCUGUUCCUGAACAUAUAUGAUGUCAUAGUAUCUUUAAAUAUUCUAUAAUUUGUCACCAAAGUCCGGCAUUUUUUUUAAUCUCUUAAAAACAUCUGCCUUCCUCUUUUUCUUAAUUCUGUAGACUAAAACCUCAGAUUCUGUAUGUGAAAUAAAGUUUGCCAGAGCGUCUGGAAUUCUCUCCAGAUUUCUGACAAAUCUCAAUAGAAAUGAUGUCAAAUAUACAGCAAAGAAAAUACAGGCUGCUGGUACAUGAUAAUGAUUUACUCAUGUUGAGCCACAACAAAUGAGGUUCAGGUUUCAUAUAUUUAUAUUUCUGAUGCAUCAUGUAACAUGUUGCCUUUAUAUGACUGGUGAUUCGGGGUUAGAACUAGGUCAAAACUUCAUAUUGUUCAUACGUGCUGUUCACAGACUGUGUGUGGAUUGUGUCGUGGAGCAGUGUUUGUGAGUGAGGAGGGAAGCAAGAAUUAGUCGUUAUAUUUCAGGGACUUUGUCAGUAAAUAUUGCAUUAAGAAAGUAUAAUAUUUGUUUUUAAAUCAUCCGAUCAUGGAGUGUUUUUUUCUUUAAAAAUCAGCUGUUACAGACGGACGUUCACUUGGUGCACUUUAACCAGGCUUUGCCUCCUCUCAUGUCUCAUGUUUUCAGUUGUGAUAGUGAAUGUUACUGGAAUAUGGUGCAAUAGUGCACUACUUACACUACUAUUGUUUUAUGUCUGUAUGUUCUCUGUAUGUAUUUUUAUAAGGGGAAUUGUUUUCUAUGGUGCUGGGUUCCUUUUGAAUAAAUAAAUUAUUAGUCAUUGAA